CUCUCAGCCAUUGUCUCACAGACUCUGCGAUCGAUUCAAUCAAAACAUCCAAACAUUUGUCUCACGAAUCCAUUCAAUCGUUGUUCGCAUUUGUUUGGACCAAACAUUUGACCACAAAAUGGCCGAAAAGAUUGACAUGUCUUUAGACGAUAUCAUCAAAAGAGACAAAAUCAGUACCGGAAGGAAGAGGGGAUCCACCGGUCGAGGAAGAGGUGGUGGAGGGGGUCCUCAACGCGGAGCACAACGACAGUCCGGUGGCGGAGGCGGAGGAGGAGGUCCUCAACGAAACCUCCGCAACAGAAACAACAGAUCUCUGCCUUACAGUCGACCCAACCAAAUGCCCGACAAAUGGCAACACGACUUGUUUGACACCGGACUCAAGAGUAGGUCCAAUCAGACGAAGACAGCCGCCAACGCCAACAACUCGCACCUAAUGGUCUCGAACCUGGAGUUUGGUGUCACAGAUGCCGACAUCCAGGAGUUGUUCGCUGAGUUUGGGAAUCUGCGAAAGGCUGCCAUCCAUUACGACCGCUCCGGGAGGUCGUUAGGAACGGCUGAUGUGAUCUUUGACCGAAAAGCUGACGCCAUGAAAGCUAUGAAUCAAUACAACGGAGUACCACUCGAUGGCCGACCCAUGAAAAUACAGCUAAUGGUUGGCAGUGAACAGACAGCCACAGCCAGUAAUAUCGGCUCAAGAAUUGGAGUUCCCGUCGGAAACCGAAACCAAAGCAGAGGAGGAGGAAGAGGCGGCACAUCUGGCGGCAGCAGAGGCUUCAGAGGAGGCGCCUCUGGAGCCAGAGGUGGCGGCGCCCGGAGGGGCGGUCUUCGAGGAAGAGGCGGAUCCCGAGGAGGCGGACAAAAUCAGAAAAAAGUGCCGACGGCUGAAGAACUGGACGCAGAACUCGAUGCCUAUACUAAUAAGAUGUGAAUUAUGUCAUCCAUUAAUCCAUGUUUUAACCCUCAAGACCUGUUAAUCCUUUGCUCAUUCGCUGACAUUGUAUUCAAUUAUUUUGAUGUAAAACCUACUUUAUCUGAUCAUGAG